UGCGAAGGGGCGGUGUUAGACAAUACCACCUCACAAAUAUAUCCCAACCCUCUGUCAUUCUGAAGAGCUUUCACCAAGAACUAUUCUCUCAGACCCUGAUCCGUUAUAUCCCGACCAGGCGACGGAGCUUCAGCGAAACAGAAGAGAAGACCGGAUUUAAAGGAGAUGGUUUUCGAGUCGAGGGCUGUUUUUGUAUCGCCAGUUCACUCCAAAUAAUCGUAGUCUCGCCCAAGAGGACUGACAACAUUUCAGUACUUUUCUACAAUCUUAUCGACAUUGCCAUCUCUAUUGUCUAGAGUCUGGGGUCACGAGGCAUCACCUCCAAUUUUUUAUCUCAAGAUAAAAGGCAUCAUCCACUAUUUUUAAUUUUUUUUAACAGACGAUUAACAGUGAAAGGCAGAAUUGCUCAGCAUCACAAUUUCGACAGAGACAGAUUUUACUCAGUUUGCUUUCGGUGGAUUUCAAAGUAGCCGCUAAAUGAAGAAAUACUUAAGACGGUGAGAUGCUCCAUGAAAGAAAUUACAGAAAGACACGAGGAUAGAGUAAAGAGUUGGACAAGAAUCUUCUUUCUGGAGCUGUCAAGUGCAUUACACGGAGCAGUGACAUUUCUAAGUUGAGAGCGAAAAUGAUGCUGAGUCCGGAACAAACUGAUUCAGAUCUGCCGUGGAGCCAGUCAGACGCCGAGACAAUGCUGAACGACAUCAAGGUUGGCUGCAUCACGGACGAGCCCAUGGAGGGAGAGGGCAAGACCAAGUCUCUGGCCCCGCAAGCCCUCAGCAGGGAGGAGAAGAGGAGGCGCAGGCGCGCCACGGCGAAGUACCGCUCAGCCCACGCCACCCGCGAGAGAAUCCGGGUCGAAGCCUUCAACGUGGCCUUUGCCGAGCUGAGGAAGCUGUUGCCUACGCUGCCCCCUGACAAAAAACUCUCCAAGAUUGAAAUUCUGAGACUAGCUAUUUGUUACAUUUCCUAUCUGAAUCACGUGUUGGAUGUUUAGCGCAGGUCCCUUUCAGUGAUGAUCAACGCACUCCGGGGACACGUGGGGGCCUGUCCGCAGCGAACCACGCCGUAUCCUAAUUUCGCAGUUUGCAGCUCACCGGAAGCGCCGUCGGGAGAGGUGGCCAUCACCCAAGUGUUCGUUAGACUUUAGACAGGUGUUAUUCAAAUUUAAUGAGAUAUUAGGCUAUAGCUUAGAACGAAGAGAAUGCCCUCUUCAACCAAAAAUGGGGAUCGCUCAAAGAGCCGUGAACCAUUUAAAAGACUGUGGUCCCUGCUUUAAGCUAUACACAGAAUAAACGAUGCAAUAAGGUCGAGAGGGACUUAAAACAAAUCUAAUAGCCUGUGUUGUUAUAUGUGUAGCCUGUACGGACAAAGUGCAUCGCUCUGUAGAACAGUGAAGUCCUCCUCUUAAGAGCUGCUCCCUGCAUCUAGUCACCAGUUCUUUAAUCAGGAGGAAAUGACGUAUAAGUGCCACUCCAAUUAUGACAUCGUGACCACGACCACUUGCGUUUAAAUAUUUAUUUGUUAUUUAUUAUAUACUUGUUGGAUAUAUUUUAAUAUGAUUCAUGUCAUUUUUUUUGAUUUGUUGAAAGAUUGUCGUUUAGAUGAACGUGCGUCGGUUGUGUGUAGCUUAAAGACGAGAUACCUUGUGUGUUAGACCUCGUCGUUCAGUAACGACGAGAUGAACAUGUUCAGCAUCAACUUGCACCUUUAGUGUUGAUUGAUUUCAUAUAUUUAUAUAUUUUGUGAUGGAGUUAGAUAGAUUGGCUGUUUUUGCUCAUCGGUUUGUAAUGCGUCAGAACAACAAAUUCAUCACGAAGAAAUUUUUAAAUAACAUAUAUUUAAAUCAGCGGUCUAUUAAUGUCAUUCGAAUUGUAGACCCAUGAUUUAUGAGACAAUAGACUGGCAAUUUAUUGUAUGACCAAAAAGUACAUCGUAAAUUGAACUUUUUUUUUUUUGUUUGUUUUUGAGUGUUCACGUGCCGAUGUCUGAGACGUUUAUGUUCAUAACCCCACUACAAACACGUGAGUUAUAUUAAGUUAUAGUGAGUUCUUUUUUUUUUUUCUCGUGAAAAACAUAUCUGCUAUCCAAAGAUUUAUCUUGUAUGUCCAGGGUCGUGCCCUUUAUUGCUUUAUGCACAUAUUUUGUAGUAAAGUUGCCGUGACAGCUUUUUUUAAUCAAAGUAUUUUGUUUUUCAUAUUUUGAUGUCGAUUAGUUUUUGUUUUUUGUUUUUCUUUUUCCAAUAAAAUAACAAUCAAAAA